GCGCACAGCGGCUGAGGACACAACACUAGACCCCCGUCUGUAUUUUGUCUCCGCCGUUCGCGGUGCUACUCUGAUUCUCGCCUCAUCCAUUCCUGGCUUUUGUCAUCAACUUGGGAAAUACAAACAUCCUCGAAGAAUCAUUUUGAAAAGGACAGACGGCCCUCUCAGCCCCAUCCCCACACCCCAGUGAUGCUUAGCUGCUGUAUCCUAGAGGCCCAUCUUGGCAGUUAGAGGAGAGGUCAUCACCAUGACAGCGUCCUUGCAGGACUCCACACCCUCGUCUAUGGCUGGCCUCUUCCUGCUCCUUCUCCUCCCAACUGUUUUCACACAGAACUCGGCCCCGACGACCCCGAUCCCGUCAUUGUUUGACCCGCUGACCCAACCAGAGUGCGCAAAGAAAGAACACCCAAAGGUUUCCAUCCAAGCCCUCAGUCCAUGGAUGUCUACUUUCUCCCAACCCGGUGUGAGAGACUACUCCCAGCUCACCCUUGACCUGACCAGGAAUGAGCUUAUUGUUGGUGCCAGAAACUACCUGUUCAGACUGGACCUCAGUAACAUGUCGCUGAUACAGGCAACAGAAUGGGCACCGGACGAGGAAACCAGGAGGUCCUGUCAGAGCAAAGGCAAAACAGAGAUUGAAUGUCAGAACUACAUCAGAGUGUUGUUGGUGAACAAGACUGAGGUCAUGACCUGUGGAACCAAUGCUUUCCAGCCGCUAUGUAUUACCAGAGAGGUGGGCAACAUGAGCAGCGUGCUGGAGCGGGUGAAUGGCGUGGCGCGCUGCCCGUACGAUCCUCGUCACAACUCCACGGCAGUGGUGACAGAGAGCGGCGAGCUGUAUGCCGCCACCGUCAUUGACUUCUCUGGCCGCGACCCCGUCAUAUACCGCAGCCUGGGUGGCAUGCCACCUCUUCGGACCGCCCAGUACAACUCAAAAUGGCUCAAUGAGCCUCACUUCAUCUCAGCCUACGACAUCGGCCUCUUCACCUUCUUCUUCCUGAGGGAGAACGCAGUGGAGCACGACUGUGGCAAGACAGUCUAUUCCCGCGUAGCGCGAGUCUGCAAGAAUGACAUCGGCGGGCGAUUUCUGCUGGAGGACACCUGGACCACGUUCAUGAAGGCGAGGCUCAACUGCUCACGCUCUGGGGAGAUCCCCUUCUACUACAACGAGCUGCAGAGCACCUUCUACCUGCCGGAGCAAGACCUCAUCUACGGCAUCUUCACAACUAAUGUCAACAGUAUUGCAGCAUCUGCAGUGUGUGCCUUCAACCUGAGCGCCAUCACCCAGGCCUUCAAUGGGCCCUUCCGCUCCCAGGAAAACCCUCGCUCCACCUGGCUUCCCACGCCCAACCCCAUCCACAACUUCCAGUGCGGUACUAUAGAUGAUGAGGGUCCCAAUGAGGGUUUGACAGAGCGCAGCCUGCAGGACGCACAGAGGCUCUACCUGAUGAACGACGUGGUCCAGCCAGAGUCUGUUGAUCCGCUGGUCAUGCAGGAUGACGUUCGCUUCUCCAACCUGGUUGUGGACAUUGUUCAGGGCAUGGACACCCUCUACCAUGUUAUGUAUAUCAGCACAGAAUAUGGCACCAUCCUGAAGGCACUGGCUACGCCCAACAAGAACCUACAAGGUUGUUAUCUGGAGGAGAUGGAGCUCCUCCCACGAGGGGUACGAGAACCAAUCCUAAGCCUGCAGAUCCUGCACAGUGACAGGUCGCUCUUCGUAGGGCUCAACAACAGAGUCCUGAAGAUCCCGCUGGAGAGGUGCUCCACCUACAAAACUGAGAUGCUGUGUUUGGAGGCGAGGGACCCCUACUGUGGCUGGGACUUCAGGCAGCGCAGAUGCACCACACUGGAGGACAGCUCCAACAUGAGCCAGUGGAAGCAGAACAUCACCCUUUGUCCGCUGCAGAACCAGACCACCAACGGUGGCUUCGGACCCUGGGCGCCAUGGCAACCCUGCAACAAUGAUGAUGGCGUGGAUGGCGUGAGCUCCUGUUUGUGUCGCUCCAGGUCUUGUGAUAGCCCCGCCCCUCGAUGUGGAGGCAAAAACUGCGAGGGCCCCACCAUUGAAGUCUCCAACUGCUCGAGAAAUGGAGGCUGGACGCCCUGGUCAUCAUGGGGACAGUGCAGCACAACCUGCGGCACAGGCUUCGAGCUGCGGCAGCGGUCGUGUAACAACCCUUCCCCACGUCAUGGUGGCCGUGUCUGCGUGGGGCUGAGCAGGGAUGAGAGGUUCUGCAAUGAGGGGGUGUCCUGUCCUCAGCCUAUCUUCUGGUCCCCAUGGGGCUCCUGGACCAAGUGUAGCACUGAGUGCGGGGGAGGUGUCCACUCCAGGGUCCGCACUUGUGAGAAUGGCAACAGCUGCCCAGGAUGUGCGCUGGAAUACAAGGCCUGUAACCUGGAGGCGUGUCCGGAGGUGAAGAGGAACACACCUUGGACGCCCUGGAUGCCUGUCAAUGUAACUCAAGGCGGAGCUCGUCAGGAGCAGAGGAUGCGAUACAUGUGCCGAGCACACCUGUCCGAUCCCCACGAGCUGCAGAUUGGACGCAGGAAGGUGGAGACGCGCUUCUGUCCCAACGAUGGCACAGCAGCCUGCGAGACAGAUACCCUGGUGGAGGAGCUUUUGAAGACACCGGUGGUAAGAGUGGCGGGCGCCGGCUGGACAUCAUGGGAGACCUGGUCAAGUUGCUCGCAGAGUUGUGCCAAAGGCUACCGCACCCGUCGGCGAACCUGUGCUGGACCUGAGGGGAAGAGCGCCCCUGUUGCAUGCCGUGGUUCACCGGUGGAGUAUCAGGACUGUAAUGUCCAGGCAUGUCCUGUGAAAGGUGCAUGGUCCUGCUGGUCGUCCUGGUCUCAGUGCUCACUGGGUUGCGGUGGCGGUCACUACCAACGCACACGCUCCUGUAACAGCCCCGCGCCCGUCAACGGAGGGGACAUCUGCAUAGGACUACACACUGAGGAGGCCCUGUGCAACACACACACGUGCGAUGAUGGUUGUGCUGCAAGAACGGAGCAGAUGGUGAAGGCUGAGCAGCCUGUCAGUGAGCACCAGGCUGAUAGGAAAGGUGGCUGGAUGGCCUGGUCGCUGUGGUCAGCGUGUGAUGAUUCAGGCUUGCAGAUGAGGAGUCGGGUUUGUGGUGCCCAGGGCAACACCCCCUGUGUGGGGAACAGCACUCAGCGCAGAGACUGCAAUGAAAUACCCGUCAUUCUCCCUGCAUCUGGUUUUGAUAAGGACCAACACUGCGGAGCGUUCACCUCCAUCCACCUAAUUGCCACUGGUGUGUCUUGUUUCCUCGGGGCGGGGCUCCUGUCCUUCUUGAUCUACGUCUACUGUCAGCGUUUCCAUAAGCCUUCGCAGGAGUCCGCCGUCAUUCACCCCACCACUCCAAACCACCUUAACUAUAAGGGCAACACCACGCCAAAGAACGAAAAGUACACGCCCAUGGAGUUCAAGACACUGAACAAAAACAACCUGCUGCCAGAUGAAAGAUCAAACUUCUACCCAACACCGCUCCAGCAGACGAACGUCUACACCACCACCUACUAUCCCACGGCGCUCGGCAAAUACGACUACCAGCCCAACUCCUCCCCUUCACCAUGCAGGACCUACAACCACAGCAACAACAGCUGAGACACACCGCGCAGCUGGCUCUCCAACCGCCCCCUGCCACUGCCCCAAACGGACACCACCCCUAUGCCAUGGUGACAUAACUGAACCGAAAUGAACUGAAAUGUUUUUCAGAGGCAGGUUUUCUCUGUCCGCCAGUGCUCCUCUCCUCGCUCCCGUAGUUGCUUCCGCAUGGUAGGGUUUGUGUUUUCAAGGGUGUUUCUGGAACUUUCCAUGAGGAGAUGUGGGUCUGGACAACAAUGCCCCGGUCCUGGUGCAGUCAGGGACUGAGGCAACCCACUCGGGGUGUGUUAUUGUAAGAGCCUGACUUGACAUAACAGUGUCAACCCAGAGCUUCAUCUUCAUGUGGGGAUCCAGUGGAAAAUUCUAGCAGGGCAAGUUAUGGCUUUAGACAGCGCAGGUGCUGAGUUGAGCUUCCACGACUGCAGAAAGAACAGAACAUUUAAAAAAUGACAUUUCUCUGGAUCUGGGUCACCAUUUUACACCUCUCCAUUUCAAGCCACAUUCUCAGCCUGUAACGAACUUUGAGUCCCUCAACAACACAAGCAGUUACUGAGAACAAACAGCGCAUAUCAUUAUGUCCUUGCAACACAGCAUGGAUCAAGAGAACAACAACAAAAGAGAAAACUCAAUGAUGAAAUAAAUUAGAGAUCAAUAUCAGCUUGGUUGUUCGGGGCGGAUGCACACCCUCCAUUGUUGGUGUUUCGCAUGACAGAAAAGAUAAGAACUUCAGAGUCAAUUAAGUUUUUUGACGGCUGUUUGUAAGAGUUACAACAAAAAACAACAGCCUCAGUUGAAGGGAAAUAAUCUGCUUAUGAUCGGAGUCACACACUUUCUGCGUACAAGGACCUUCAUUUGUGGAGUUGUGGGAAGUGGUCUGAACUGUACAUAAAGCUUUGGGAAUGCCUUGGGUGCCUGUAUGCAAUAGAGGGCAGGAGAGAGUUUUGUUUUCUUUUUAUUUCUUCUGUUUUAUUUCUUCCCCAGAUCAAUAAAGACUUCUGAAAGAGAAUUGAUUGAUUCUCCAAUUGAUUCUCCAAUGGAUGCACCAUUUCUACUGAGUGCUAAAUAGCUCGGUGGUCAUAUCAAAUAUGGCCAGUGUGCUGAACAACUGGAUUGGGUUAUCUAUGAUGGUAGAAUAAGCUAGUAGACUGGCACUUGUUCCUUUUUUUUUAAUGUUUUGUUUUUUUAAGAUAAUUGUUUUAUGCUCAGACGAGCCGUAGCAUAGGAGGAAAUAUUUUGUUAAAUAAGAUAUAGCUGAUUAAUUGUUGUUUCUCUAAUUUCACUUCAAUGAGUGAACACAUUCCUGUGUUUUCUUGAUUUUUCAGCAGUUCGGUAACCAUUGCAUCUUCAAUACCUGAAAUGUAACACACACAAAACAAUAAACAUUACUGAUAUGGUUUUUACAAUAAAUGAUUGUAACAAAAAAAUCUAUUUGGCCCCCGCUUAGAAAAAGAAAAAGGGGGGGAAAAAAAAAAAAAAAAAACUAAAUUAUGCUUGCUUAGAAGUUUGCCUGUGUGAAGAUCAAAAUGAGUGCAUGUGUGUGUAGAUGUGCGUACAUGAGAACACAUGUACUGUAUGCGUGUCUGUAUGCCUGAAUGAGCAAAGGGGUGUUACUGUAUUUUGUACAAUGUAAAUGCUUUCAUACAUAUGACUAUAUAUGAGGAGGUCUGUAAAGGCUUUUUUUUUCGGUGAGUUUGUUUUCCACGUUCUGUCACUGACACUCCAGGCAUUCUACUGGUUUUUCUAUAUUUCACGUAUGAGAUGUUAAUCAUUGUAAGCUAAAGAAUCGCACCACUGGUUCCCACGGAGAUGGAACGGACUCUAUUUAUAGUCAAAGCUUGGUUUAUAAAGGGCAUUUUCACAGCUAUAUUUUAUUAUUAUUGCCUGAUUGAUGAAUGCUAACCCAGCAAUGCUUUUCAGUUCAGCUACUGUACAUGCACGAAAUGAGAGCUCUAUCUGUAUAUAGGAGCGACAGCCUUCUGCAGCCAAUUUAAUGACCCUGAAGAGGAUCGUGUAAAUGUAUCUGUAUAUUGUAUAGCUAACACUGUUUGUUUAAAAAAGCCUUAUAGUUGUUUUAAAAAAGUGCAGCAGCUAAGUACACAGCAACCAUGAGGUUUGUUUGGGGACAGAGCUCCACAAUGUGACCAACUGCCUGUGGCUUAUGACCUUUCCCAGCUGCUCAAACAUCAAAUUUCCAGAGACACAUGAACCCAGGCUGAAAAUAACUCAGCGCAGCGCUGAUAAGGAGUGAGUAUCAAAUAUUAUAUCCUCCAAACGGUCACACAUAAUGGAGAAACGGAAUUCGGAAAAAUUGCUUUUGAUCCAAACUAAGCCUCUAUUGGCCCGGUGUGAAAGCCAGUCAUCUGAUUGGUCAAUUUUUAGCUCUGUCCCCCGCGAUGUGAGGCUCUGUGCCCUUCUAUGCAACUUACCAGGUGUACUGUUAGACCUGUCGUGUAGACUGUAAUCACUGCCUUUUAGACACUGUGAAUUUUUUGGUACCCUAUAUUUUUGUAUAUUGUACAUUAUAAAGGAUAAUAAACCUUGAUGCCAAUGCACCCAAUAUGGCCAGUGGGCUUUGUCGGAGUUACGGUUUUGAGGAGGAAUUUGAGAUUUUCGUGGCACAGGUAUCAAUAGAGAGUUGGAGUUGCUGCGGUCAGACCUUUUUACAGAUAUCUUUAAGUUAGUCUUGAGGAGAUAAACAUAUUUAUUAACAGCUUUUUUGGGGAAUGAAUACUGUGUUUUUCAUUCAAUUUCAACAGGUUUGCUUGUGUGCUC